AUGGAAGGAGUUAGUGUCUGCAAGAAAGGUUUAAAAGGGAAGAAAGAUGACCUCUACCAUGUUAUUCAUAAGGUGCCUUAUGGAGAUACUCCUUAUGUCAAAGCCAAGCAUGCUCAGUUGGUUGAUAAGGACCCAGAAGCAGCUAUAGUGUGGUUUUGGAAGGCAAUAAAUGCUGGAGAUAAAGUGGACAGUGCCCUGAAGGACAUGGCUGUUGUGAUGAAGCAAUUGGAUAGAUCUGAAGAAGCAAUUGAAGCCAUCAAAUCUUUUAGAGGCCUUUGUUCUAAACACUCGCAAGAGUCACUUGAUAAUGUUCUUCUUGACCUUUACAAGAAAUGUGGGAAAAUAGAGGAGCAAAUAGAAUUGUUAAAGAGAAAGCUAAGACUAAUCUACCAAGGUGAGGCCUUUAAUGGGAGGACCACAAGGACUGCUCGCUCUCAUGGCAAGAAAUUCCAAGUUUCCAUCAAGCAAGAAACUGCAAGAUUACUGGGAAACUUGGGGUGGGCCUACAUGCAAAAAGAGAACUACAUGAUGGCUGAGGUGGUGUUCAAGAAAGCCCAAAUGGUUGAUGCUGAUGCGAACAAGGCCUGCAACUUGGGCCUGUGCCUUAUGAGACAAUCUCGUUAUGAGGAAGCAUAUUACGUAAUUGAAGAGGUUUUAGAAGGAAAAGUUGCAGGGUGUGAUGAGAUGAAAUCAAGGAAAAGAGCUGAGGAAUUGCUUGAAGAGUUGAAUGGUAAUCUGCCCCAACCUGAGUUUGUGGAUGCUUUGGGCCUUGAUGAUGAGUUUGUCAAAGGGAUUGAUGACAUGCUAAAUGCAUGGAACACAAAUAGAACAAGAAGGCUUCCAAUCUUUGAGCAAAUCUCUUCCUUUAGAGACCAAUUGGCUUGUUGA